AUGACAUCCCUCAUCAAGCAUGAGCUCAGCAAAGGCUGGGCGUUCAAGGAAGAAGAUGACGCCUCGGAGGACGCAUGGCUUCCUGUGCCUAGUAUCCCCAGCCAAGUCCAUGUUGAUCUGCUGGCAAACAAGAAAAUCCCAGACCCCUUCCUGGAUAUGAACGAACUCGCCGUCCAAUGGGUGGCAGAAAAAACCUGGAUCUACCGCCUCGCCUUCCCAACGCCGCCAGACUUUUCAACCGUAGCAGCAGAAGAGGUACCAGGCACUACAGCAGUAACAGACCUCGUCUUCGAAGGUCUAGACACUUUUGCCACAGUCACCCUCAAUGGCACGCAAAUCCUCACUUCGGACAACAUGUUCCUCUCUCACCGCGUAAACGUCACGCAACACCUCAGGACAGACGGUGACCGCACCAACCUCUUGGAAAUCGUCUUCGACUCAGCCCUGCUCCGCGGGAGACGACUCGUCGAGGACCACGCGCACGAGCACAGGUUCAUCGCCCGGCAAACGGAACAAGGCCGCAUCCCCGUCCGAAAAGCGCAGUAUCACUGGGGCUGGGACUGGGGUCCGAUCCUCGUGACAGCAGGAAUCUGGAAGCCUGUGCUUUUGGAGCGGUAUGUUGCGCGGAUCGAUGAUGUUUGGGUCAAGAGCGAGGUGAGUCCGGAUUUGGGGAGUGUGUCGGGGCAGAUCAUUGUCAAGACACAGGGGUCCGGCGCGGAGGAGGUCGCGGUGGUGUUUAGCCUUGACGACGAGGUUGUGUUGGAGAAGCGUAUAGCUGUUGCGAAGGAUGGGAAGGCAAAGACAGACUAUCAGCUUGAGAAGCCGAAGCUGUGGUAUCCCCUCAACAACGGCCCGCAGACGCUCUACACAAUCACGACGACCCUCCACCACGCCUCAGACGUCUCGAAUCAAGAGCAACCACUAGCAACACACACCCAAAGAACAGGCUUCCGCCGCGCGCAACUCAUCCAAGAACCCGACGCCUUCGGUAAAUCAUUCUACUUCCGCAUCAACAACAUCGACGUCUUCGCCGGCGGCUCCUGCUGGAUCCCCGCAGACAGCUUCCACGCCGCCAUCCCGCCCUCGCGGUACCGCGCCUGGGCCGCCCAGCUGCCCGCCUCGAAUCAGAACAUGUUGAGGAUAUGGGGCGGCGGCGUCUACGAGUCUUCGGUAUUGAUGGAGACGUGCGACGAGCUGGGGGUGCUGGUGUGGCACGAUUUCUGCUUCGCGUGCGGGAGUUACCCGACGUACCCCAGUUUCCUGGCCAGCGUCGAGGCGGAGGCGCGGCAGAAUUUGGCGAGGCUGAGGAGGCAUCCGAGUAUUGUGAUGUGGGCAGGAAAUAAUGAGGAUUAUCAGGUGCAGGAGAGGUAUAAGCUCGAGUAUAGGUUCGAGGAGGACAAGGACCCGGAGUCGUGGUUGAAGUCCGGGUUUCCGGCGAGGUAUCUGUAUGAGUAUCUGCUGCCCAAGAUUGUGGAGGAGGAGAGCCCUCAUGCGGUGUAUCAUCCGAGUAGUCCGUGGGGUGAUGGGAAGCCUACAGCUGAUUCGACUGUUGGGGAUAUUCAUCAGUGGAAUCUCUGGCACGGCGCAAUGAAUAAAUACCAAGAAUCCCACCUACUAACCGGCCGCUUCGUCUCCGAGUUCGGCAUGGAAGGCUACCCGCACCUCACCACCACCACCACAAUGCUCACCUCGCCCGCCCAGCGCCGCCCGGGCUCCAUGGCGCUCGACUUCCGCAACAAAGCCUACGACCACGAACGGCGGAUGAUGACGUACAUUGUCGAGAAUUUCCGCGUGAAUUACGGCCUCGAAUGGUUCACCUACCUCACGCAGCUGAUGCAGGCCGAAACCAUGACCUUUGCCUACAAGGCCUGGCGGAGGGAUUGGGGUUCCCCCGGGAAGAGAGGGUGCGGCGGCGCGCUGGUGUGGCAGCUGAAUGAUUGCUGGCCGACGGUGAGCUGGGCGAUUGUGGACUAUUGGCUCGUGAGGAAGCCUGCUUUUUAUGCGAUUGGGAGGGCGCUGAGGGGGGUUGAUGUCGGUGUCGGGAGGAGAGUGGACGAGUGGACGAAGUGUCAUGCUGAUCCGACGCUCGGGGCUAGGGGCACGGAGUUUGAGGUAUGGGUUGCGAGUGCGAAGACUGAUGAUGUUGCUGGGGAGCUUGGUGUGCGGUUCAUUUCUAUUGAGACGGGUGAGGAGGUUAGAGACAGGAUUGAGAAGAAGGUUGUUGCGGAGGGGAAUGCCACGACGGAGGUUGUUGAGAAGUGCAAGGUCGAGGCUUUAAGGGAAACGUUUGGGGAUGCGAGUGUACCGUUUUAUCCGGAGGAAGAUGACCCGUUUGUCAUCCAUGCGACGCUAUUUGUUGAUGGGAAGGUUGUGGCGGAGGAUACGGCAUGGCCGCAUCCGUUGAAGUAUAUCGACUUUUCGGACCGCAAGGUGCGUGUGGAGGUGAGGGACGGGACGCUGGUUGUCUCUGCUGAGAGGCCGGUCAAGGGGUUUAUUAUUCAGGAAGAGCGCGGGAUGAAGUUGAGUGAUAAUGGGUUCGAUGUGGUGCCGGGCGAGGAACGGGUUGUACGCGUUGAUGGUUAUGAUGUGCAGAAGUUGCGGUGGACGUAUUUGGGCGCACCAGAGGUGUUUUUGGGACUGUCUGCAUAG